AUGGCAUUCACCGAGAUUUCGCGCAACAAGGCCUUUGGGGGUCAUUUGGUCAAGUACCAGCACUCGUCUGAAGAACUUCAGUGCGACAUGAAGUUCAAUGUUUUUUUGCCCAAGGAAUCUGCCGAGGGUCAAGCUGUUCCGGGUAUCUACUUUUUGUCAGGCUUGACUUGCACUGAGGACAACUUUAUCCAAAAGAGCGGUGCUUUGGCUGAAGCUGCCAAGCAUGGUGUUGCUUUGAUUGCCCCAGAUACCUCUCCUCGUGGUGUCUCAAUCGAAGGCGAUAACGAUUCGUGGGAUUUCGGCACUGGUGCCGGAUUCUAUCUCGAUGCUACGGAGCCAAAAUGGGCCAAGCAUUAUCGCAUGUACUCCUAUAUUGUCGAGGAAUUACCUUCUUUGGUGCAUAACCAGCUGCCUAUUGACGAAUCGCGCAUUUCUAUUAUGGGUCACUCAAUGGGUGGUCAUGGUGCUCUAACGAUCUAUAUGAGAAACCCCACCAAGUACAAGACUGUAUCUGCAUUUUCGCCCAUUGCCAACCCCAUCAAUUGCCCUUGGGGCCAAAAGGCUUUUAGCAACUAUUUGGGCAAGGAUGAGUCCACAUGGAAGCAGUACGAUACUAUUGAGCUGAUCAAGUCUCACAUGAACGAAAAACUCGAUGUGCUGGUGGAUGUGGGUACUGCUGAUGGAUUCCUAGAAAACCAAUUGAAGGUCACCGCUUUGCAACAGGCCGUCCAUGAACUCGGCCGUGAUUCUGAGUGGAAUAUACGUUUCCAAGAUGGCUAUGACCACAGCUACUUUUUCAUUUCGACCUUUAUUGCUGAUCACAUCAACCACCACGUCAAGUCUUUGAAAGCUUGA